AUGCGGGAGCGCAUCUGGGCGCUGCUGCCGCUGCUGCUGCUGCUACCGCCGCCGCUGCGGGGCGGCCCCCCGGACAGCCCACGCCCGGAGCUGGAGCCCGAGCCAGGGCCUCUGCAGCCCUACGAUCUGCUCUAUGCCAGCGGCGUGGCCGCCUACUACAGCGGGGACUACGAGCUGGCCGUGCGCGACUUGGAAGGGGCGCUGCGCAGCCACCGGCGCCUGCGGCAGGUCCGCGCGCGCUGCGCCCGCCACUGCGCCGCGCGCCGCCCGCUCGCGCCCCCAGGCGCGGGGCCGGGGGCAGAGCUGCCCUUCUUCCGCGCCGUGCUGGAGCGGGCGCGCUGCUACCGUAGCUGCCAGACCCAGCGCCUCGGCGGCCCCGCAUCCCGCCACCAAGUCAGUGAGGAUGUGCGCAGCGACUUCCAGCGCCGAGUGCCCUAUAACUACCUGCAGCGAGCCUACAUCAAGCUUAACCAGUUGGAAAAGGCAGUGGAAGCAGGGCACACAUUUUUCAUGGCCAAUCCUGAGCACAUGGAAAUGCAGCAGAACAUUGAGAAUUACAGAACAAUGGCCGGCGUCAAAGAAGCCCAGUUGGUAGAUCGAGAAGCCAAACCGCACAUGGAGAGCUACAGUGCAGGUGUCAAACUUUAUGAGGCUGAUGACUUUGAGCUAGCUAUCAAGUAUUUUGAACAAGCUUUGAGAGAAUAUUUCAAUGAAGAUACAGAGUGUCGAGUCCUAUGUGAGGGGCCUCAGAGAUUUGAAGAGUAUGAUUAUUUAAGGUAUAAAGCUGGUCUCUAUGAAGCUAUUGCAGAUCACUAUGUGCAGGUGCUGGUUUGUCAGCAUGAGUGCGUGAGGGAACUUGCCACCCGACCUGGCCGCCUUUCUCCGAUUGAGAACUUUCUUCCCCUGCAUUAUGACUACCUACAGUUUGCCUAUUAUCGAGUUGGUGAAUAUGUGAAAGCCCUAGAGUGUGCCAAGGCCUAUCUUCUUCUCCAUCCGGAUGACGAGGAUGUCCUAGACAAUGUGGCUUACUAUGAGAGCCUGCUGGACGACAGCAUCGACCCGGCAUCCAUUGAGGCCCGAGAGGAUUUGGCUAUGUUUGUGAAGCGUCAUAAACUGGAAUCGGAACUAAUAAAAUCGGCUGCAGAGGGCCUGGGAUUUUCAUACACUGAACCGAACUAUUGGAUUCGAUAUGGAGGACGACAGGAUGAGAAUCGGGUUCCUUCAGGAGUGAAUGUGGAAGGAGCAGAAGUUCAUGGAUUGUCAGUAGGGAAAAAAACAUCACCCAAGAUAGAUCGAGACCUAAGAGAGGGUGGCCCUCUGAUCUACGAGAACAUCACCUUCGUCUACAACUCAGAGCAGCUGAACGGGACUCAGCGGGUUCUUCUGGAUAAUGUCCUGUCAGAAGAUCAAUGCCGGGAGCUGCACAGUGUGGCCAGUGGAAUCAUGAUUGUUGGUGAUGGAUACAGAGGAAAAACUUCACCUCAUACACCCAAUGAAAAGUUUGAAGGCGCAACUGUCCUGAAAGCACUCAAAUUUGGUUAUGAAGGCCGAGUCCCACUGAAGAGUGCCCGUCUGUUUUAUGACAUCAGCGAGAAGGCUCGAAAGAUUGUAGAAUCCUAUUUCAUGCUGAACUCAACCCUGUAUUUUUCCUACACACACAUGGUCUGUCGAACAGCCCUGUCUGGUCAACAGGAUAAAAGAAAUGACCUCAGUCAUCCCAUCCAUGCUGAUAAUUGCCUGUUGGAUCCAGAGGCCAAUGAAUGUUGGAAGGAGCCUCCUGCUUACACAUUCCGGGAUUAUAGUGCUUUGCUCUACAUGAAUGAUGACUUUGAAGGAGGAGAAUUCAUAUUCACUGAAAUGGAUGCCAAGACUGUGACUGCUUCUAUCAAACCAAAGUGUGGACGAAUGAUCAGCUUCUCAUCUGGAGGGGAGAACCCGCAUGGGGUGAAGGCUGUCACCAAGGGCCAGAGAUGUGCUGUGGCUCUGUGGUUUACCUUGGACCCAAUUUACAGAGAAUUGGAGCGGAUAAAAGCCGAUGAAGUGAUCGCAAUCCUGGAUCAAGAACAACGAGGGAAACACGAACUGAACAUCAACCCAAAAGAUGAGCUAUAA